CGUUAACUGCUGUCUGCUGCAACUGAAUCUCGCUACGAACUGCAACAAUAAUUUCUUUUCGAAUGUGGCGCACCUGAUGAGGCUAGCGGUUGAUACGGCUUCUGCCGACUCUGUAUAGUGACAUUUACGAAAGUGUUAGCGCAUUUUGAAGGAUUACUCGAACUUGCAGACAUGGGAACGAAACAGAUAACCAGGGAAGAUGUCGCGAAGUUUUUGGAGAACGAUUACCAGUUCGCCGAGGAAUAUUUCUCGACGUCAGCUACAGCAAGCAUGGUAGAAAAAUGGGUAGCUAAACACCCGGGUCACAAAGACGCGCAGUCGUUUGCAGACUCCGACUCAAUCGGAGAGACGGAGAAAGGGGCCGCAAUUUUGAAACACUUUCGGAAAUCGAUGUCAGGAGCCGGGGGCUCGUUGAAGAGUCUGAUAAGCGGUAGUCCAAAGCCAAAGACGUUACGCAGAAGUCGUACCGUGUUGAAAGAAAUGAAUGAAAAGGAACUGUUCAUGGAACUGAUUCGUGACAUUUCUAAUGAAUUAGAUAUUAACUCAUUAAGCCACAAAAUUCUGCUUAACGUCAGCGUUUUGACAAACGGUGAUCGGUGCAGUUUGUUUUUGGUAAGAGGCUCCAAGGAAAAUCGCCAGCUUGUUUCGAAGCUGUUUGAUGUCAAUGAGAAUUCAACACUGGAAGAUUCUAUACACUCAGAAGCUAAAGAAAUACGCUUGCCGUUUGGUAAAGGAAUCGUCGGACAUGUUGCGCUCACUAAGGAAACGGUUAACAUCAAAAAUGCUUACGAGGAUCCAAGGUUCAACAGAGAGAUUGACUUGAAAACCGGUUACAAAACGCACAGUAUAUUAUGUAUGCCAAUAUGUAGUCAUGAAGGCGAGGUUAUUGGUGUUGCUCAAAUCAUCAACAAAAUCAGUGGAGAUCAUGAGUUUACUGCCAAAGAUCAAGAGGUGUUCCAGAAUUAUUUGACAUUUUGUGGUAUUGGUCUGAUGAACGCUCAGUUAUUUGAAAUGUCUGUCUUGGAGUACAAGAGAAACCAGAUGCUGCUUAAUCUAGCCCGUGGCAUCUUUGAAGAACAAUCAUCCUUACACAAAGUAGUACACAAAAUAAUGUUGGAGGCAAUAGCUUUAUUGAAAUGUGAACGUGUCUUGGUGUUUAUUCUAGAAGAACACGAAGAAGGGGGCAUGUGCAAUCCCCUUUUAAAACAGCCAGCUAGUUUACAUCAGAACAGUAAAAUCAAGAUGUUGAGACAUGAGGAGGAGGUGGAGUUUGCGAUGGCGUUUGAUUUACUUGCCAAAAACAAGAACACGGAAGUUAAGGAACCAAGCAAAGAUACCAUGGCUUGGACAACUGAGAACGGUAUUGCCAAACACGUAGCAACGACAGGAGAGACAUUGAAUAUUGAAGAUGCAGAGAACGAUAAGAGAUUUCCUGUCGGUAUUGAUCCGGGAACCGAUUUCAAACCUCGCACAUUACUAUGCAUGCCAAUUUACAACAGUGAGCAUAAAAUCAUUGGAGUAACUCAGCUACUGAAUAAAACCAAUGAACAACCCUUCAAUGAGCAAGACAUCAAUAUCUUUGAGGCAUUUGCAAUCUUUUGCGGUCUUGGUAUGCAUAAUACCCAGAUGUAUGAGAAUGCUUGUCAAUUAAUGGCGAAACAAACCGUGGCAUUGGAAGUGCUCUCAUACCAUGCAACUGCUCAGCCAGAGGAAACCCACAGACUUAAGACUGCAGUAAUUCCAUCUGCUGAUCAGUUACAACUGUUCACCUUUAAUUUUGAUGAUCUGCAACUGAAUGAAGAUGAGACAUUAACUGCCUCUAUAAGGAUGUUUCAAGAGUGUGAUCUGAUCAAUUUGUUCCAUGUGCCUUACGAUGUGAUCUGUCGCUGGCUUUUGAGUGUAAAGAAGAAUUAUCGUCCUGUGACUUAUCAUAAUUGGAGACAUGCUUUCAAUGUGGCACAGACGAUGUUUGCGAUGAUUAAGAGUGGAGGUAUGGAGGGAGUGGUUGGUGAUUUGGAAGUGUUUGCACUGCUUGUAGCAUGCCUGUGUCAUGACUUAGAUCACAGAGGAACCAACAAUGCAUUCCAACAGAAGGCUGACUCUCCAUUGGCAAUACUUUAUGGAACAUCCACCAUGGAGCAUCAUCAUUUCGAUCAUUGCAUCAUGAUAUUAAAUAGUGAGGGUAACAACAUAUUUGCCUCUCUUUCCCAUGAAGACUAUCGAAGAGCUAUUAAAAUACUAGAAAGUGCAAUUUUAUCUACAGAUUUGGCACUUUACUUUCGAAAACGUGGACAGUUUAGCAGUUUGGUGGAAAAGGGUGACUGUAAGUGGGACGAUGAUGAAAAGAAAGAUCUACUGAGGGGAAUGAUGAUGACUGCAUGUGACGUUUCUGCCAUCACCAAACCAUGGGAAAUUCAACAUCGGGUUGCUGAAAUGGUUGCUAGUGAAUUCUUUGAACAAGGUGAUCUAGAAAAAACUCAACUCGGUCAACAACCAAUAGCAAUGAUGGACCGUGAAAAGAAGGAUGAACUUCCCAAGAUGCAAGUAGGCUUCAUUGAUGCAAUCUGUACGCCAGUUUAUAAGAUGUUUGCAGAUGUGUGGCCAGGGCUGAUGCCACUCUAUGACGGUGUUAAAACAAACAGAAAUAACUGGCAGGCCUUGGCGGAUGAUCAUGAGCUUGAGGACAGCGAGGAAAUAAAAGAAGUCAAAAAGUCUGAAGACACGAAGGAGAAGCUGAAAGAUGAUAUCAAGCAAAAUGAAGUGAUCACACCGAGGAAGAAAUCGGAGACGUUAGACGAUGGUGUGAAUGUGGGGAAGCGCAACAACAAGAACAAAAAAGAAUCACUCAGCUUGGAGCGAAGGUCCAGUAUUGUAAAUAACCAAGAAAAAGAAUCACUUGACUCAAAACAAAAAAGUAGUUUAUGUGUAGUACUCUGA